UGAAGCCUGUCCACAGAGCUGACAUUCCAGCUGGACAGUUGUUUUUUCCAGCAACCCACCUACUUGGUACAAGCAACACUCGUCUCCUCUCUUCCUUUCGACCUACUCUAUCAUCUGCCACAACUCCGAGACCUUUAGGUCACUCGACGACGCGAAAAGGCUCCACUGUCCGGAGGACAGACUUGUCCCCAGAUCUCUCAGUUCACCGAAGAGUCUAUCUACCCUCGGUCUGCUUCGGCGAGGUUUGGGACAACGAGGCUCCUAGCAACGGGUCUGAAGAUGCCUCGCCUACCCUCCGUUCUGAAACCCGGCAGCCAACAGUGGCCACCUGCUGCUCAGCCUCACUGGAGGCCGCCAUCGUCCGGCGCAGUACAGCAGACCUCCAGUCCGCUUUGACUAGCUACUUGUCGGCCUGGCCAAGUCAGCUGUUCGAUCUAAAGAUCCGACUGAAGGGUAAGCGUGAGAAAAUGUUGUUGCCUGGUUGCUAUGGCUGUAGACGAAGUCUGUGGCUAGGGUCUAAACUCUAA